AUGUCCAACACUCUGGUCAAAAAGGGCCAGGGCCAGGCGGCAUCCAACGCCAAAAAAAUCGGCUACAACAAAAAGAAGGGCGGCGGCCAGACCAAGGGCCGGCCUGCGUUUGUGUUCAAGCUGUGGAACAUGGUCAACGACCCUGCCUACGACGAGUACAUCCGGUGGAUGCCUGACGGCAAGUCGUUCCAGAUCACGGGCCGAGAGCAGCUGGAGAAAAUUGUGCUGCCGCGGUUCUUCAAACAUAACAACUUCUCGUCGUUUGUGCGGCAGCUCAACAUGUACGGGUGGCACAAGGUCCAGGACGUGACCAGUGGCAGCAUGCAAUCCAACGACGAGGUGUGGCAGUUCAAGAGCCCCAACUUCAUCCGCGGCCGCGAAGACCUGCUCGACAACAUUGUGCGAAACAAGGGAACCAAGGGCAGCGACGAGGAGGAGGAAAUGGACAUGACCACACUGAUGGACGAGCUGCAACAGAUCAAGCUCAACCAGCUUAACCUGACCCAGGAGGUCAACAAGCUCCGCACAGACAACCAGCUCCUGUGGCAAGAGAACCUGGGCUUCAAGGACAAGCACAAGCAGCAUGGCGAGACGCUGGAGCGAAUUAUGCGCUUCCUGGCCUCUCUGUACGGCAACCAGGGCAAGGUGCUUGGAGAAGCCAUCUCUGGCAACAGAAACCAGCGUCUGCUUCUGGGCAACACUGAUCCCGCCCAGGCUACACAUAUGAUCAAUGAGGCGGCUGCAGCUGCUGCCGCAGAGAACAGCGGCAACUUCCCCUUUGAGAUGAACGACAUGUUCAACAACAACAACAACAACAACAACAACAGCAAUAACCCCAACGACAGCCCCUCGUUUGCACGAGUCCAGCCGCUGUCCUCUACCAACUCACCGCAGACGGUAACAGGAUCUCCCCGGGAAGAAAACAACAAAACAAACAACACAAACAACACAAGCAACAAUUACGACAAGAUUACGGCAUACGACACCGACACGGGAUCGGAGCUUCCCGACAACCUGCAGGACCUCACUGACCUGUCGGACUUCACACCCUCCAUGCUGGACCCCCAGACUGUGCAGCAGUCCAUGGAGCCUCCCAUGGGUUUCGGGGACCUCAACAAGAAUUCCUCGUUGAUACUCUCUAACAACUCCAACAACUCCAUCAACAUGCCCCAGACGCCAAUGCGAAACAACUCCACUAGCUCCCAUAGCUCGCAGAACAUGUCGCACCACAACUACAACUACCAGCCCAGCACGCCCGGCGCGUUAUUCCCUGAGCUAGAGGCGUUCCAGGGCGCCAACGACCAGCUGAUCCGGUCGGCCGAGCGUCCCCGAAACAACCUCAACAUCAACGGCAACGGCAAGGCCGACGAUCUGCAGCGACAGCUUCAGGAUCAUGGCCGUCACAUUGACCAGUUCACUGACCGGCUCAAGAAGCAGCAGGGAUACCAGCCGCAGCAGUUGCAGCACCAGCAACAACCGCAGCAGCCUCAGCAGCAGCCCACCCCGAUGCAGGCACCUGCUCCCACGCCGGCAUCCACAAUCAGCUCUGCACCUACCCCUGAUCCUACUUCUGACCUGUUCAACGUGGGCGACCCCAACAUUGUGCCCAUGCAGGAUUUCAACAUGGACGACUACAUUGAUAACGAGGCGGACAUGUUUGACCCUGAAGUCAAGAUUGAGGAAGACAUGCCUCUGGUGACAGAGUUGGAUUCGCCUGCGCCUCGGCCUAAGAAGCGUAAGGCUGGAGAGUAG